CCCAGUUCCCCCCGUCGGCGCCGAGCCCCGCAGCCGAGCCCGUAGCGAUGCGCCGGGGGAGGCACCGCGCCGCAGCCGCAGGAAGGCCAGCGCACCUCUCGCGUGGGGACACCGGCACCAUCAUAUAAAUGGCCUCAAAACGGUUCUCGCAGUCUGCAGAGCCCGUGGUUUUGAACAAGCUACCUCGUCUGGAGCCCACCGCCAGCUUCCUGCCCAGCAAAAUCCCAGGCACAUCCAGCCCCGUGCCCCACUCUGGCUCUGAAAACCAUUUCAGCUACAAGGGCUCCUACUUUGCCUGCCCGCUGCAGAGCCCUGAGGGUCCCGAGCAGCCCCCGGCUGGCUGGAGCCCCGCGCCCGCCUACCUGCACUACGGCUCCGGUGCCCUGAGCCAGCCCGUGCCGGCCGAGGGGCCACCACUGGGCUUCCUGCUGUACCCAGCAGACAGCCCGGGCACCAGGCUGCAAUCCCCGGACGCCCAGAAGAGCAAAGACAGCCUGAGCCAGGAGCAGCUGAUGGCCAGGAAGAAGCUGGACAGCCCUAGGUGCCCCUUGCCGGUGAAGAAGCUGGUGGCGGUGAAGAAGGCAGCCCCUCUAGCAGUCCCCAAGCCGGUGUACAGAACCCCUGCCUCCUUCCUAGCUCCCAGGAUGGCUCUGCUGCUGGGAACACAAGCAGAGAGUCUGCAGCAGCGACCAGGGGAGGCAAAGUGGACCCUGCCCCCCACCACCCACCCUCUACACCCCAGCGAGCCCCACAGGAGGGGUCCCUGCUCUGAGCACAGCCUCCCGCCGCUGCCCUCCAGCCUGGCCCUGCCUUCCAAGGAGCAGCUGGGCUCCCCCGUUGCCUUACCCCACUACUGUGUCACCUUUGAUAAAUACAGGCCACCCCCCAGCACCCCGUUCCUGGAAGCAAGUUGUUCCUCUGCCCAGAGCCAGAUGAAGGUGCUGGAGGUCCCCAGCCUCAGUCUGGACCCCUGGCCCAAGCUCCAGCCACCUGAUGCCAGCCCAGUGACCUGGGAGCGGUCAGCAAUGUGCUACCCACCCCCCCCCUACCCACUGUCACCCCACAGAGCUGGUCCCCUCUACCACUCUCCAGCUCCCACAGUGGGGGAGCCCAGUGCCCUGCCUGGCUUUGGCUAUGUGGGAAGCAGGGAGCCCUUUCCUGGCACCUACCUCAAGACCCAAGCCCCCAGGAGUUACUUUCCCAGCCCCCUGGAGCCCUACGUGCCAAGGACAGUGGGUGCCAGGCUGGGGGCAGUGCUGAGGGAUGCCGAGCUGCCCAGGGAUGCCGAGCUGCCCAGGGAUGCCGAGCUGCCCAGGGAUGCUGAGCUGCCCAGGAAUACCAGGUACCCAGGGUUUGCCAUCAGCCCGGGAGAUACAUCCGUGUUCCACGCCUCCUUUCCCAGCAGGGAGCCGGGGUGUGAGCAGCAUGGGGCAGACAGUCUGCAGUGGCCAGCAGCACCGAGGCACAGCAAUGCUUUCCAGCCUGUCUGCGCCUCAGAGACACUUUCUGGGGGCUCUGGUGGGCUCCCUGAGACUUCUCCCAAGAGAGGAGGGAGCUGGGAAAAACCCAGGCAAGAGGAGGAGGAGCCCCUGUACCCAUGGAGGAGGAACAGCAGCCCAGCCCCUCAGGACACCUCCCGUGGGGGACCAGGGGAAGGAAAUGCCUACAAGGUCAAGGAUCCAGCCGAGGAGCUCAUCCGCCCUUCUCCGUCUGUGACCCCCACCAAGGGGCUGGAAGACCUGAGGGACACCAAGGCUUUGUCAUCCUCCCCACCUAUGCCUGUGAUCCACAACGUCUUCAGCCUGGCACCUUUCCAGGAGUACCUGGAGAUGGCCAAGGGCUCAGACCCCAUCCUGUUCUGCAGGAAGCAUCUGUGGGAGGACUCUUCACCCCAAAACACGGGUGGCAGCCAGGAGCCUGUUGCCCUCAGAGACGUCUCGGUGGUGUCCAGCCUGAGGUCGGGCAAUGGUGCAGUGCAGAGCCAAGGGGACAGCUGUUACAGGAGCAUCCCUAAAAAGCCAAAGCCUGUGCCCCAAGAGCUGGAGUCUCAGGAGGGCAGCCCUGACGGGGUGGGCACUGAGGAGCCGCCACCUGAGGACAUGGUGCUGGACCUUAGCUUCAAGAAGAGACUGGCAGAAACUGGGGACACCCAGAGACCCACAGGGUGUGAGGAGGGGACACUGGACCGAGAGGAUAAGGAGGAGAAAGAGGCUGCAGGGGGCAAGGUGGAGUUGGGAGAGGGUGCACAGUCCCGGCUGCCUGAGGCGGACUCCGGGGACAGGAGCAGCUUCCAGAGCUCAGCCACCUUCAUGUUCCAAAAAUACAAGCUCCUGCCCUCCCUCCCGCCCAGCACUGAGCCCCCCCGGCAGGAUAGCAGCCCCCACGCCCCCCAGCCCAGCCCCCCCAGCAGCACCCCCACGCCGGCUCACCCAGCCUCCUCUCCAUCCAGCAUCGCUCCGUUGUCACUGCCUGGCCCCCAGCUCAGCAUCAUCCUUGGCCCAAACCUUCCCCAGGGCCUGCUUCCCAAAGCCCCUGCCGCCCCGGGGGAGGAGAAGGUCUCGGUGGCCAGGCAGGUUGGUGGUGUCCCCGCACAGACCCCCUCAGGACAGUACUUCACCACCCUGCACACCUCACUCUGUGACACGAUUUCGGGCUCGGUGUCCCGCUCCUCCCCAGAGCUGCUGCGGCAGUGGCUGGAGAUGGCUGAGCCGGCAGAAGAGCUGGGAGAGAUGCCCGAAUCCCUGCCCAAAAAUGGCUCCAAGACUCCCAAUCCUCAGAAGCCCAGCAAUGGCAAGGAGAUCUGGCUGGCUUUCCAGGACGUGGCCGUGCUCCUCACCAACCUGCUGUCCCAGCUGAAGACCUUUAUGUUCGCUUGCCCUUUCCCCCAUGUUGUCCGGGCGGGAGCCAUCUUCAUCCCCAUCCACGUGGUGAAGGAGAAGCUCUUCCCAAAGCUGCCUGGGAACUUUGUGGACCAAGUGCUGCAGAAGCACAAGGUGGAGCUGCGUCCCACCACCCUCUCAGAGGAGAAGCACCUGAGGGACCUGGAGCUGAAGAGCUGCACUUCCCGCAUGCUGAAGCUCCUGGCGCUCAAGCAGCUUCCCGAAAUCUACCCCGACCUGCUCAACCUCCACUGGUACAACUCCAUCCAGCAGCAGCUCGGUAGCCCUGGCGUGGGGGCACUGAAAGCUGAUCGCAAAGCCACAGCCACGGACAGAUCAAGGAAAAGGAGACACUGAGGAAUGUGUCCAGGGCAACAGCCAAAUGAUGAUGGGAAUGGGAAGCUCCCGAGUCCCCAGAGCUGUGGAUGCUGAGACCACCAGCAGCCCUGCAGACAGGUGCUCAGCUCCCACCAGCAUCAGGAUCCUCCAGGAUUUUGAUACUUUGCCAGGGACCCUCUGGGGAUGCUGCUCAGGGUGGAGAACAGCUCAGUGGUGCUCCAGGGACACACACAGGGACGCUGGUGGGUUAUCCAGGCCCAUGGACAUGGGCUUGAGCCCCUCACAGCAGCUGGAGCUGCUUUUCUUUGAAUGGAUCAUCUUUUAGUGCAUCUCCUGCCUCCAUCCACGAUUGCCCUGGUGAUCUGGGAGGGAAUGGCUGGAGUUCCAGUGCAGCUGGAGCAAGAGAAGCAUGGAAAUGGCCACAACACCAUCCCCAGCCUUGGAAAAAGGGACUGCAGUGAUGACAUCCCACCACUCUCCUCUGAAUCCCCCCUCCUGCUUUACAUCCCAAUUUGUUUAGGGUAUUAUCCCAAAUAUUUAUCCCAAUAAACCCAAAAUAAUCCCAAGUUAUUAUCCCAAUAAACAUCCCCUUCCUCUGGAAUUUUCACUUUAAGUGCCACAAAGACCUGGCACCAACAGCAAGGGCAAGGGAAUCGUGACUUCCAUAGUCCCAGGACUUAGAUUUUUUUUGUUAAAAAUGAAGACAUUUUACAAAUGUUCUGGAUUUACCUUUAUAAGGAACUGCUGCCUUCAGGUCAUGUGUUUUGGGUUGUUUCUUCUUUAAAUACAGUAAUUUAUACGUGUCUUUUUAUUUAAACUAAAAGGCUGCAAGAAAGAUUUAAAGACUCUUAAAGAAAAGAAAACCUCACUUUAAAAAAAAUCACUUUAUAUCCCAGAUCCUGUCCCAAAGGAGAAUGUGGGAGAUGCACGUUCAGGGACCUCCUUGGUGGAGAUUAAAGGUGCAGAGAAGGGAGUGAUGCUGCCAGACCUUGGAAGGAGGGAUCUUUUCAGCCCAAAGGGAUCCCAGGAGGGAUGUGGGCAUCCCAGGACUCCCCUCACCCUGGGGGGCUGCAGCAGCGUACACAGCAGAGGCCUUGAAAACUCAUCACUCAGGUGUUCUCCAAGCUGCUGCAGGGCAUGGAGGAACAAAAUAAGGCUUGUUCAAAUUUUGUAUUUCACUACAGGGAAUAUUUAUUUUAAACUAAGAAAACAGAGGAGGGGGGGAAAGACUCUACCCAAACUGUACUUAGUGUAGCCAAAAGGUGUGUUUGCUACUGGGGGAUUUCUGUGGGUGCCUUCCUGGUUUUCUGUGGGGAUGGGGUGGUUGUGGAUGGGAUGGGUAAGGGGGAUGUUGCUGUUCUCACUCCCCCUUGCCACUCACUGUGCACAGGGA